AUGGCCGCGAGCCAGGAUGCCGUUUCCUUCGAUGCGAUCAUCCAAGCCGAUCGCAAGAGAAGACGCAACGAAGAAUUAGCGAACCAGCUCCUGAGCAAGAAGAAAACGACCAACGCGGCUACGAAACCGACAGGGAAGACGCAGAAUGUGAAACCGGGCAGCUUGGCAAGUCGGAUUGGAGUAGCGAAGCGCUCCGUAUCGGCUACUCUACCGGCCAAAACAACCCCUCCAAUCCCAGCGCCCGCGCGACAAGGUGCCCGACAGAACGCAAGGCCAUCGAACAAGCGCCGCCCUGACGAAAGCCGCCUCCUUUCUGCACUCAAUCCCGAGAGCGGCCAGGCUAACGUGCGGAACGGAGGUGGAUUGACGAUCAAAGGCAAAGGGUCCGGACCGUUUGUCGUCGUCGGUAGCAACUUCGCGCCAGGGACGACGGCAGCCGAUAUUCAGUCAGCUCUGGAACCUGUUUCGGGCCGGAUAUUACGCUGCUGGGUCACUUCGCAGCAUCCUGUUGUCACAGCGGAGAUUACAUUUGCAGAGAGACAGGCCGCAGAGAGUGCCGUUGCCAACUUUCACAACCAGAGGGCCGAUGGUCGGAUUCUAUCAUUCCACCUAAAGCAACCUGCGAACCCCGAUUUGUUCGAGCGCUCCAAUGCCCAGCCCGCCGUACAGAACUCCCAAUCUUUCAGUGACCUCCGUGAGCAAGCGGACCGCGAUCGCCGCUCUCAUCGCUUGGCUGAUGCAGCUGUCCAGGACGGACGGUGGGGAUUCAAUGAUCAGAACCAGUCUGGCCAAGGCCCACCCAGGGGGAACAAUCGCAGAAACCGGGGCAACCGGAAGGCAAGGGGCGGAGCACAGAAUACUCAAGAAACUGGCCUUUAUAGCGAUCAGAUGAUGGUUGAUGCACCACAGCAGAACCAAAGAAACCUAGGCAGGCGUUACCUUGGCUUGUCACUGGAUGGAGACCUGUACGAUACGAAGGAAUACAUUGCUACCGAACGAAGACUUCAGUUUGGACCUCGCUACCCUCCUUCGAGCAAUAUCGAGAUGAACCAGGCAACGAGGGGCGCCGUGAGGCAGCUCCUCAGAAAACAUCCCAACCAGACCCUCUUCCUCAAAUCGCAACGAUGGUCCUCAACUACACCCGCAUCUUCCACAUCUACCUCUGAAACAAGAAAAUGGUCGACACCGCUAGCGCAGACUCUUGCCAAUGCGAUCAAAGUAACCGGACCCGUUCCCAUCGCCGCCUUUAUGCGCCAGGUUCUCACAAAUCCCGAAGGAGGCUACUACACGACUCGACCAGAAGGACAUGGCGCAGUAUUCGGCAAGAAGGGCGAUUUCGUCACCUCCCCCGAGAUAUCGCAGGUUUUCGGAGAACUGGUGGGGAUCUGGACAAUUGCGGAAUGGAUGGCGCAGGGACGGAAGCGCAGCGGAGUGCAAUUGAUGGAAGUUGGACCGGGGAAGGGCACAUUGAUGGAUGAUAUGCUGCGAACUUUCCGGAACUUCAAGAUGUUCUCGUCGAGUAUAGAGGCAAUAUAUUUGGUGGAAGCUAGUGCUACGCUGCGGGAAGUACAGAAGAAACUGCUGUGCGGUGAUGCAGUCAUGGAGGCGACAGAUAUCGGACACAAGAGUACAUGCAAGUACUUCGAUGUUCCGAUCGUUUGGGUGGAGGAUAUUCGACUGUUGCCGCAUGAAGAAGAAAAGACCCCCUUCAUAUUCGCCCACGAAUUCUUCGACGCUCUCCCCAUCCACGCCUUCGAAUCCAUCCCUCCCUCUCCAGAGAAUCAGCCCGAACAGAAGGAAAUCAUGACUCCCACUGGUCCAGCGAAACUACACCAGCCCUUGAAACCAGCCAACACCCCCCAAUGGCGCGAGAUCAUGGUCACCUUGAACCCGAAAGCCGUGGAGGAGAACAUCGAAGGCGAGCCCGAGUUCAAGCUCACUCUCGCCAAAGCAUCGACGCCUUCCUCUCUAGUUAUCCCGGAGAUCUCUCCGCGCUACCGCGCCCUCAAAUCCCAGCCAGGAUCCACCAUUGAAGUUAGCCCUGAGAGUCGCAUCUACGCAGCUGACUUUGCGCGCCGCAUCGGCGGUGCGUCAGAGCCGCCCCGCACGGCCACAAAGGGCGCUGCUGCUUCUGCGCCGGCUCCCGCGAAGCGCGUGUCCUCCGGUGCUGCCCUGAUCAUGGACUACGGUACUCUCAAUACCAUCCCGAUCAACUCGCUGCGCGGUAUCCAGGAGCACAAGAACGUGCCGCCACUGUCGUCGCCGGGGCAGGUGGAUGUCAGUGCUGAUGUGGACUUUACGGCGUUGGCGGAGGCGGCCAUCGAGGCGAGUGAGGGCGUGGAAGUGCAUGGACCGGUCGAGCAGGGUGAUUUCCUGCAGGCGAUGGGCAUUGAGGAGCGCAUGCAGCAGCUUCUGAAGAAGGUCGACGAUGAAGAGAAGCGUAAGACGCUGGAGACAGGGUGGAAGAGACUGGUUGAGAAGGGCGGCGGUAGCAUGGGCAAGAUCUACAAGGUGAUGGCGAUUGUGCCAGAGAAUGAUGGCAAGCGUCGACCUAUUGGAUUCGGCGGCGGACUUGUGAUGUAG